UCUUUCUCUCUUUCUGAGGUUCAGUCAGAAAGCCAACUUUGCAGAGGCAAGAAAGCCCCAGCAGGAUCAGAUACAGAUCACUGAAAUUCAUCAGAUUCAUAUAUGGACUCUAUUUAACUCUUUUGGACUUAGCCAAAGGGCAUAUUGCUCCAUUCAACAAUUUUGAACCCUGGACUCUACUGAUACUUCACUGGGCUUUAUUUUGGACUGUACUGGACUCAACUGGACUUUCUAGGACUGCAUUGGUUUCCAUUUAUUUUAUAUGGGAUCUGGUGAAAUCUACUUUACUGUGGCAGCAGUGCUGACAAGUUGCUGAUGAAUGGAGUUUGACUGUAGGUCUAUUUGUCUAAAGUCUUGGGCAAUCCAAGGUAUAUUAAGGUAAUCCAAUGUCAGUUUUGGAUUUAUCUGCCUCAGAUUACUUUGAGUAAAAGGUCAGUUAGACCAGAUUAUUUAUUUAAAUACAGUAACCGGAUAGAAAAAAUAGAACAGGUCUGGCUUGGCAAGUUUCAGUUUGUUAAAUUCAUUCAAGUGAGUGAAUUUGGGUCAGGUCUGUUUGAAUAGGAGGUCAGAAAAAAUAGUUAUUGUCCUUUAUUAGGUUAUUUAUUUUGACAGUAACAGUGGGGUACGCAUUUGAAUGUUGGCCUAGUUUAAACCUCAUGUCUUGGUGGAGGAUGCAAAAGAUCAUCAGGAGCAGCAGCUGCAGCAGCAUGAGUCUCCUGUGUGUCCUGUGGCUGCUGAUGGUCUGUCUGGCUCCUGGAAGCCGAGGCCAGAGACUGAGGGAGUCGGAGGGGGAGCAGCCAGCAGCUGAGGCUCAGCUGGCGGAGAGAGACGCACUCUGCCACCAGGAGGGAUGCUUCACUGUCUUCCUCCAGAGGAGAACCUUCAGGGAGGCUGGGCGAAGCUGCCGGGAGCGAGGUGGGACCCUGGCAACGAUGCACACAGACAAGGCAGCGGGUGUGGUCCAUGAGCUGCUGUCGGCCAUCAAGGCACAGGGGACCAGGUCAAGGCUUCGCCUCUGGAUUGGGCUGCACAGACCUCCACGCCAGUGUUCAUCCACCCGACCACUCAGAGGAUUCGUCUGGGUCACAGGAGACCAGGAUGGCCAGUUCACCAACUGGCUCCGUGAAGACACCCCUGGGACUUGUGCGGCCCCUCGUUGUGUGGCCAUGACCAUCCACACUUCUGAGAGCGGACGUGAGAGCAGUGACAAUUUCCGGUGGCUCGACGGCUCCUGCGCACUGCCGUUAGAUGGAUAUGUUUGCCAGUACAACUACAAAGGAAUGUGUCCACCACUGGAGGACGAGGGUAGAGGUCCAGCUGUUUACACCACCCCAUUUCACCUUGUCAGCACCCUGCUGACUCACGUGCCCUAUGGGUCUGUAGCUGCUCUACUAUGCCCUGCAGACAGCUCAGACCCAGAUGCUCGUGCUGAGCAGACAGUACUGUGCAUGGAGAGAGAUGACGAAACAGUGGGCUGGUCCAGGGAUGCCCCACUCUGCUCGUCCAGUGCAGCUCCACAGAACCAAGACUGGUGUAGCGGGGACCAUGGAUGUGAGCAGUACUGUCAGAACACAGACACAGACUACUACUGUUACUGCUCUGAGGGCUUUACAAUAGAUGAGGACGGGUACAGCUGCAAACUUGACCUUCUGAGUCAAACUGACCCCCCUGAAUUAUCCUCUGACUCCGCCGGUCCCACUGACCAGCCACACAUCAAAGACAUCUGUGUGGAGAUGGGGUGUGAGUACAACUGUGUGGAGACACCUCGGGGCAUCCGCUGCACAUGCCCCCCAGGCUACCAAAUGGGUCCAGAUGGCCGCAGAUGUUCUGAUGUAGACGAAUGUCAACAGCAACCAUGCCCGCAACUCUGUGUCAACAUCCCAGGCACCUUCCACUGCACCUGCCACCCCGGGUACCAGCCAGAUGACGAGGGCGAGUGUGUGGACAUCGAUGAGUGCCUUGAUGAAGGCAGCUGUGAAGGCACUUGUGAAAACACAGUGGGGUCCUUCGCAUGCCUGUGUAACCCAGGGUACGAGUCGGGCAGUGAAGGAGAGUGUGUAGAUGUAGAUGAGUGUGUGGGGGAGUCGCCCUGCCAGCAGCAGUGUCUCAACUACAUGGGAGGGUACCAGUGUUACUGUGACAAUGGCUUUGACCUGCAGCCAGAUGGACUUACCUGCCAGCCCUCGCCUGAUGAUGAAGAAUAUUCCACCCUGACCCCUGACCCAAGUGACUCCGCUCACAUACCUGACUUGGACCCCGACCAUGAUAUUCCCUGGUCCACCUCAUUCACCCCGGACCCAAACUUUGAAGCUGACACUAACUUUGACGUUGACUGGCUGACAGAAGCCCCUGAAGGACUCUCCCCUGACAUGCCUCAUGGGUCAGAUAAUCACCUCAACCAAUGGGAUGCCCUAUCACCAAAGCGAUAUCAGACAGCUCCAACCCCGACGCAGACAGACCACACAGGCAAUGAAAUUGAUAAUGAGGCUGAAGCUAAGACAGGUGGUAGAGAAGCUAGUGGUGGGGUGGGAGCUGAGACUGCAAACGGGUCAGCCACCGGGACUAGGGAGGGGGAGGGAUCUAAGAUGGAUAAUACAGAGGAUGUUAGCGGUACAGCAGAGGUAGGGGCUGGAUCUGAUGCAGGUAAACGGAAGCAUGACAAGAGCUGGCUACUGGUGGCCCUGCUGGUGCCUCUGUGUGUGUUCCUCGUAGUGAUGCUGGCUCUUGGGAUCGUCUACUGCACCAGCUGUGCUGUGGACAAGAGCCUGAGUUUCUCAGACUGCUAUCGCUGGAUACUCCCUACAACGCCUCCUGACAGGAGGGAUGGCAAAACCCAAGCAUGAACCCUAAAAUAAACAAACACAGGUGCACUCGCACACACACAGAUGUGUUGAACGCCUAGAUGUCUGUUAACAUUUCUUUUGUGGUCACUGAAACUACCAUUUGGAUAUAGUACAGCUGGCUGGUUCUCCCAUUCAUCAAGGAAAACUUAAUGCUUUCUGUUGCCACACCUUUUGUAAAUAAUUCACUUUCUCAACAUGUUUUUAGAAUUCAAUAAAACCAAUAAACUGAUGAAA